UUUACUUGAAACAGACUCUAUUUCCUGCUUCGUGGCUAGUCAGGUUGACUCUUCAAGACUAGCGAAUAUUUCUGUUUUAAUGUCUCUAAUGCCUUUUUAAAUUUAUUUAUUAUUAUUUUUUUUUUGAGAUUGAGUAGGGAAGAGAUCUGUUGAAAUCCUGACUGGGGAGGCUCUCCUUGGUGGCAGGGGCGCGGCGCCCACCAUGCGGGACUGCCCACGGCUCGCGCUGCUCUGCGCGCUGCUACCCUGGCUCCUGCACGCGGCGGCACCCCGGCGACCCGCGCAACCCCUCCCGAGCCGCAACCCCCGCGACCUCGCCAGGGGCUUCGAUUUCGAUCGCGUCUACAGCGGGGUGGUGAGCCUCACCAAGGAGAACACCUACUCCUUCAACUACACUAGCCAGCCGGGCCAGGUGAAUGCUGUUCGGGUGUAUGUGAAUAGUUCCUCAGAGAACUACCCAGUCCUCGUCAUGGUUCGCCAGCAGAAAGGGGUGCUGUCCUGGCAGGUUCCUCUGCUCUUCCAAGGACUAUACCAGAGGAGUUACAAGUACCAGGAAGUAAGCCGCACCUUGUGUCCCUCAGAAGCAACCAAUGAAACAGGACCUCUGGAGCAACUGGUAAUUGUAGAUGUCACCUCCAUGGCUCCACUGGGCGCCCAGUACAAACUGCUGGUUACCAAGAUCACGCACUUCCAGCUACAGACAAAUGUUGCCUUUCACUUCACUGCCAGCCCCUCUCAACCUCAGUAUUUUCUAUACAAAUUUCCUGAUGAUGUGGACUCAGUUAUUAUUAAAGUCAGGUCUGAAAUGGCUUAUCCAUGUUCUGUUGUCUCAGUCCAGAAUAUCAUGUGCCCAGUGCAUGAUCUCGACCACAAUGUGGAAUUUAAUGGUGUCUAUCAGUCCAUGACCAAGAAAGCUGCCAUCACACUGCAGAAGAAGGAUUUUCCAAGCGAGCAGUUCUUCGUGGUAUUUGUGAUAAGGCCUGAAGAUUAUACCUGCGGAGGAUCUUUCUUUAUCCAGGAAAAGGAGAACCAAACCUGGAAUCUACAUCGAACAAAGAACCUUAAAGUGACCAUUGUUCCUUCCACUAAAGGAUCUGUUGAUAUGAAACCCAUUCUUAUCAGUCUCGUCAUCUUCCUCUUCUUCUACUUUGGAUUCGUACUUCUUAUUCUUGUUCAUUGUAUCAGGUUUAAAAGAAAAUCCAUUGAUGGAAGCUUUGGUUCCAGUGAUGGCUCUGGAAAUACGGCGGUGUCACAUCCCAUUGCUGCCGGCACCCCUGAAGGAAGCAAUUAUGGGGCAAUAGAGGAGUCAAGUUCCAGUCCUGGCAGGCAGAUGUCCUCCUCCAAUGGUGGGCAGACGUUCCAGUCAGACACAGACAGCUCCGUGGAGGAGAGUGACUUCGACACCUUGCCAGACAUUGAGAGUGAUAAGAACAUCAUCCGGACCAAGGUGUUCCUUUUCCUGUCAGAUCUGUCCCGGAAGGACCAGAGAAUUAUCAGCAAAAAAUAUAAGAUUUAUUUUUGGAACAUCGUCACCAUCUCUGUGUUUUAUGCACUGCCUGUGAUCCAACUGGUCAUCACCUACCAGAAAGCUGGGCUCAGCAGAUGGGGAAACAUGAAGCUCCUCUUCUCACUCUUGAUUUUGCAGGUGGCAAAUGUCACGGGCAGUCAGGACAUCUGCUACUACAACUUCCUCUGUGCUCAACCCCUGGGCAUCCUGAGUGCCUUCAACAACAUUUUCAGUAACCUGGGCUACAUGCUCCUGGGCUUCCUCUUCCUGCUGAUAGUCUUGCACCGGGACAUUCUCCAUCACAGAGCCCUGGAAGCCAAGGACAGCUUUGCCAUGGAAUAUGGGAUUCCUAAACACUUUGGUGUUUUCUAUGCAAUGGGCAUCGCAUUGAUCAUGCAAGGAGUGUUCAGUGCUUGUUACCAUGUCUGCCCUAAUUACUACAACUUCCAAUUCGGCUCCUUCCGUGUGCCCUCAGACACCUCCUUCAUGUACAUGAUUGCCGGCCUCUGCAUGCUGAAGCUCUACCAGAGCCGCCACCCGGACAUCAAUGCCAGUGCCUACACUGCCUACGCCUCCUUCGCGGUGGUCAUCAUGCUCACUGUCCUCGGAGUGGUGUCUGGAGAACAUAACAUGUGGUUCUGGGUCAUCUUCUCUGCGAUCCAUAUCCUGGCAACCCUGGCCCUCAGCACCCAGAUCUACUACAUGGGUCGUUUCAAGAUCGACUUGGGGCUUUUCCGACGGGCCUUGAUGGUGUUCUACAUGGACUUCGCCCAGCAGUGCGGCCGACCUCUGUACAAGGACAGAAUGGUGUUGCUCAUCGUGGGGAAUCUGUUUAACGGGUCCUUUGCGCUCUGUGGACUGAUCUUUCGGCCCAGGGACUUUGCUUCCUACAUGCUGGGGAUCUUCAUCUGUAACCUGCUGCUCUAUCUGACCUUUUACAUCAUCAUGAAGCUUCGCAGCUCAGAGAAGCUCCUCCCGACCCCGCUCCUCUGCAUCGUGGCCACUGUUGUGAUGUGGGCCGCCUCGCUGUACUUUUUCUUCCAGAACCCCAGCAGCUGGGAGGACACCCCAGCUGAAUCCCGGGAGAGGAACCGGGAGUGUAUCCUGCUGGAUUUCUUUGAUGACCAUGACAUCUGGCACUUCCUCUCUGCCACUGCCCUGUUUUUUUCAUUCUUGGUUCUGUUAACCCUGGAUGAUGACCUGGAUGUGGUCCACAGAAACCAGAUCCCUGUCUUCUGAGCCUCCAGCUUUAAGAGAGGGAGAGGGAGCAGUCGAUCUAGGUGCUGUUUCAAGAAAAUACAGGGACGGCCGCAAAGUCACCACUGCCAGAUACUCCACUCCCGCUCUGUCGAGUCAGCUCUGCACGCAUUCCCAUAGGAAGGAGAGGGGCUGGAGGGAGACUCUAGCCUGCCAGAAGGAGAGCAGAGGGGAAGCCACGGGUAUGGCCAUAGGCAAACCCUGAAGAGUCAAGAGACCCCCAUCCCCUCCCGUGUGCAGCCCUGAGCUAGACGUGGACAAAAGCUGCCUCAAAGUCAACUCAAUGUCUCGGGACCCCUCCCACUCUUACCCAACAUUUGCCAGCAAGGGCAGAACAAUGCUGCACGCUUCAUCCAGCUGCCUCUAGGCCCAGAGAGGCCAGCAGCUCAGGUCUCCUGCCCACUUUAGGGGGACCCCUCUGCACCUCCACUACAUCUGCUGCUCUAGACAUCCCAGAGCACCAGCUCGCUCCUCUGAGGUCCAGGGAUGACGCAGAUUCCUCAGAGUCUGGCGGAGGGCUGAACCCAACCCCCUACCCAACUGGGAUAGAUAUUUUAGUAGGACCAGCCAGUCACCUCCUUGGAAGGAAGGCUGUAUGUGUCCCCCAGGUUCCUGAUCCCAUUAGAAGGGCUCUGGAUUGGGCUUUGUCACACACCUGUCCUCACAGGUGACUGUCUCUGGGACCAAGGCUUGGGUGCUUACCUACUUCUUAGUGUCUUUCAUCUCACCCCUGUGUGUUGACCCCACAACUCAGGCUCCGCUUUCUUGGGAAGGCCCUGUUACCCCCUCAGCUCCAAGGCAGAAGGGGAAACAGGAGAAACUCUUCUAGCAGCAAGAGAGGAAUGACCAACAGGGCUGACAGACUGGCGACAUCAGCAUCAAGCAAACAGACCUCACCCUAAGGACAUGGGCUCCUGAGGCAAAUGCAGCAAAGGUGAAAUUGCUUCCUCGUGCCUCCAAUUCAGACAGCUCAAUUCUGUGCCCACAUCACCUGUGGAGAAUAAAUAAUUGCUCUAACCAGGGGCACUGCACUGGGGUCCUCCACCACCAACCAAGCCCCCUACCUGCCACUUUAUGCUGAUCAGGGGCUCCAGAUUUUCUCCCUGAAGUUCUCUAAAAGUAACUCUCAGGGUGAACACAUUUUACUCAUCCUCCUGAGUUGCGAAGAGCAAGCCAAUUGAGGAUUGUCUUUUUGGUUGCACCUGAUUUUCAUUCUCUCCCCCAGUAAAGUGUUGCAGAGCUCAGCAUCGCACUUCACUCACACUGUCUGGCAAUUCUGCUCCUGACAAGCCCCAUUUGGACCAAGCACCCUCAUUACCUAGAGUAAGAUGUAAUCAGAAAAUAGACAUAUGAAUGUGUACCCCAUAUAUAUUUGCCUGUGAAACUGAAGUCACCUGUCACCUAUUUUCCUGAUUGUUCAUUAGAGAAAUGGAUGAUAUUUAAAAAAUAUAUUAUUCUGUCUCUAAAAUAUUUGCAUAAUGUUCAAAAUCACAUUUUGGAAGUUAGAAAAGUUUAAAAAUGCAAAGAUGUUUUUAAUGAAGCUUUUUGUGAUAUGUUUUUCUAAAAUGCCCCCAAAUUCAUAUUUGGUUUUCUGCUCUUCUUUAUUCCUUAGAAACUGUUGGCUUCCAUAGGCCACACGAAGGCCACCUAUUAAAUGGUGGUGUUAGUCUAACAUCUAAAACAAAUUUCAAAACUGUUUAUGGCAUAUUUGACCUAAUUCUUUUAUUUUAAUGUACUGAUGGUUUCAAAUCCAAAAAAAAAAGUGCACUAAGGAAAUGUGGACAAAGUCUGUUCGAGUGGCCCAAAGUGAAUAAACCAUGACAUGCGUUACCCGUGCA